UGGUAUUGUUUUGCUGUAACUAUUUUCUUUCUUAGUAAUUAGCUGCUAGUUAGUUUGGUUAGUAACUAAUAUUGAAAAGCUUGCAGUUGUUGUAACUGAAUCUCUAACUAGUUCUGUAUAUAAUUAGCAUUUGCUAAUCUUUUAUUGACACAUAUUUAUCAAUUAUGUUGGAUUUUUUUUUUCUAUUUAAAGAAGAGAAGAACUCUCCAUUUAUAAAGAUCCAAAAAUGAGAACAUAUGAUGAUGGGGAGAAUACGAGAAACGAAACCCAUAUUCUCGAAAUUGUCAAUUUUAAGGUUGAUUAUUCCUAUAAAUUUUUGCUGAUCAUUUCUUGCGUUACCACAGCGAAAAAAGAGAAAGGAGCAACAAGAGGAAGCAAUUACAAUAAGAAGUAAUGGCACUAGCUGGUAAGCCUCAUGUGGUGUGUGUCCCUUUCCCAUUGCAAGGACACGUAACUCCUAUGCUCAAAUUGGCAAAGCUCCUUCACUACAAAGGUUUUCAUGUAACCUUUGUGAAUACCCAGUUUAACCACAAGCGCAUUCUUGAUUCAAGAGGCCCUGAUGCCUUGAAUGGCUUGCCUGACUUCCAGUUUGCCACCUUACCUCUCCAACACCCUCCUUCAAAUUCCCACACUAGUUUGGCCUUGAACUUUCUUGCUCUUCGUGAGAUAUGUAGAAAGAAUUUUUUGCCUUUAUUUCGUGAUCUUGUUGCCAAGCUUAAUGACACUGCUUCUUCUUCAAAUCCUCCUGUUACAUGCAUACUUUCUGAUGCUAUUUUGAGUUAUAGCUUAGAACUCUCCCAAGAACUUGACAUUCCUAAUGUAUUCCUUUGGAAUAUGGGAGCUUCUGGGUUUAUGAGCUUUAAGCAUUCUCGAGAUCAAAUCAAGCAAUGUCUUGCUUUUCUCAAAGAUCCAAGCAGUGAAGCAGCUGCAAAUAAUAAGAAUUUGGACAGCAUGAUGGAAUGGAUUCCAGGAAUGAAAGGAGCUCAGGUAAGAGAUCUUUCCAAGUUUAUUAAAACUAAAGAUCAAGCUGAUUCCAUGGCUGACUCUAGUGAAGGGGACUUGGAAAGGGCCUCUAAAGCUUCAGCUGUUAUAUUCCACACUUUUGAUGCCUUGGAAGGUGAAGUCCUAAGCAGCGUCUCGCCCAUGUUUCAAAAGGUCUAUAGCAUUGGUCCUCUACAAUUGCUUAUGGAUCAAAUUUCUGAUGAUCGUUAUGAUUCCAUUGAGUGCAAUCUAUGGAAUGAAGAACCCGAGUGCAUUAAAUGGUUGGAUUCCAAGGAACCCAACUCUGUGAUUUACAUCAAUUUUGGAAGCACUACGGUAAUGAGUGCGGAGCAACUAGUUGAGCUUGCUUGGGGACUUGCUAAUAGCAACCAUAACUUCCUGUGGAUAACAAGGCCAGACUUGAUCAUGGGAGACACUGCAGUUCUGCCACCAGAGUUUCUGCUUGAAACUAAAGGGAGAGGCUUCAUAGCGAGUUGGUGCCCACAAGAACAAGUUCUAAACCACCAAUCAACUGGGGGAUUCAUUACCCAUUGUGGAUGGAACUCAAUAGUGGAAAGCAUAUCUGCAGGGAUACCCAUGAUCUGUUGGCCAUUUUUUGGAGAACAUUUUGUCAACUGUAGAAAGAGUUGCAAUGAAUGGGGUAUUGGAGUGGAAUUGAGUAGUAAUUUCCAAAGAGAUGAAGUGGAAAAGCUUGUUGAAGAGUUGAUGAGUGGACAGAAGGGUGAGAAUAUGAAGGAAAAGGCUAUGGAAUGGAAGAAGGUAUCAGAAGAGGCCGCAAGUCCCAAUGGAUCAUCUUCCUUCAACCUGAACAAUAUGGUGAAUGAAGUUUUCCUACUUUCAAAAAAUUGAUUUUUCUCGAUGGUAAACAAGUCCAUAUAAGUCUUAUACUAAUGAAUUUCUUUUUUAUUUUUUUAUCGAAGUUGUCAAAGUCGUGAUUUUGAUGAUUUCAUUUCAUUUAAAUUGUGAUGGCAUGUUCUAUCGAUUGUAUAAUAAUACCCAAGCUUAACUUUGGUGUCUUUAAGUUUU